AUGACAUGUUUUCCCGGUGGCAAUGGACUGCGUCGUAGAGGUCGACAGACCUAUACACGCUAUCAGACUCUUGAAUUAGAAAAAGAAUUUCAUACAAGUCAUUAUCUAACUCGACGUCGUCGAAUUGAAUUGGCUCAUGCUUUGUGUCUAACAGAGCGUCAGAUUAAAAUAUGGUUUCAAAAUCGACGAAUGAAAUUGAAAAAAGAGCUACAAGCAAUUAAGGAGCUUAAUGAGCAAGAGAAAUCAACUCGAUCAUCUUCCAAUACCAAUUCAUCAAACAACAAUUCAACCAAUCAUUCAUCUUCUUCCCAUAAUCACCGAGGUUCAGCAACUGGACAUUCAAAUGGACCCGUUAAAACGUGA